ACGAGGAAGAGAAGAAACAAAAGGAUUUAUUAUUAAAUGAGCAAAAGGAAAUUAUGCAUGCAUAUUCGCAGGAAAUCGAAGUCUUAAAAGAGAUUAAUAGAGAUGAGAAACUCGUUUUGGAACAAAAUGUACAUGAAUUAACAAACCAAUUAACAGAUCGAGAAUCACUACUGAAAUCUGUUAUGACACAGUUAAAAGAUCUACAGAACAUAAAUAAAGAUCUGAAAUUAAUGAAAGAGGAAACUCGGCAAAACUUUGGUGAAUAUCAAGAAAAUAUUGAACUAACAUUUGAAAAGUUGCAAUAUGAAUAUCGUACGUUAUAUCACAAUUAUCACAAAGUACAGCAAGAAAAAGAGAAUUUAGAGCAUAAUUUCAAUUGUAAUAAGGAAGAAUUAUCAAAAAUUCAAGCGAUAAAUACUACAUUACAACAAAAUUUAUUAGAAAACGAAGAAAAGAUAGGUGAUUUGGAAGCGAAGGAAAGAAUUCUCUUUGACGAAUUAAAUGAAUCCAAACGCAAUGUGCAAGAAUUAAAAGAUAUAAAUCGAGCGUUGGAAGAGCUGCACGCAACGAUGAAAACUGAAACAAAUGAUAAGCUGGAAAGUCUCAAGUCAGAUAAUGCUAAAAUAUUACUCGAGUUGAAAGAUACCACUGAUAAGCUCAAUUUAUUACAUCAAGAAAUGAGUGAUACAAUGACGCAGAUGGAAUUAAAAGAAGCACAAAUUAACGAGUUACUUUCGGACGUUUCAGCCUUAAAAACAGAGAAGGACGAUUUGAUGCGUUCUCAUAAAGAAGCACUUGAAGCAAAAGAUAAAGAAAUAGAAGUGAAAGAAGAGGCAUUACUGACGUUACAAACUAAAAUGAAUAGGCUGACGAGCGAAGCAAACACUACGGAGAAGAAGAUGAGAGAGAUAAUUAUUAAUCUUCAAGAAGUAAGAUCUAGCCAAGAUGCCGUCUUGACAACGCAAGAAGCAGCUUUGAAGGAAAAGUGUCUGUACAUAGAAAAACUUCAAGAACGGUUUGAUAACUCUAAGGAGAUCCUGAAUAAAGAACUUGAAGAUACAAAAUCGUCGUUGCGCGAAUGUCAAAUUAAAUUCUUCGACCUACAAAAUCAACUUAAUAAUCAAAACAGGACUGUAGUAGAAUUGCAAGAUGUGCUCAAAACAAUGAGUGCGGAGCUGGAAACGAGUAAGGAAUACUGCAAGAAUGUGGAUGCGAAUCAAGCGGAAAUUGUAAAAUUGUGCCAAGAAUUGGAACAUCCAACGAAAAAUUUGAAUUCUACGAUUACGGAAACCUGCUCAGAGUUUGAUUUACAUGAUGUACCGCAGUGCAUUAAUAUAGAGAAUAAGUACAAGUGCAUUAAUGUAGACAAUAACGCAAAUAUUUUGAAUAUUAUUAAGAUGACUCUUGAUGAAUUACACAAAUCUCAGAAAAUUAUCUCGCGUUUAGCUUAUGCAAAUGCUGAAUUGAAUGAAACUUUGGUAAAACAAAAAGUACUUAUAGAUAACGGUGUAAAAGACAAAGAAGAAGUCUGCGAUCUAAAGAAUAAGAUACGAGAAUUGGAAAUAAUAGCACAGAAACGGAAUGACUAUCUUAAGAGCCUCAUAAAAAAUAAGGAAUCUUUAAAGGACCCCUUGCAGAAAGUUUUCGCUAUGCGGACCGACUUAGAUACUACUUUAACAUCGUUCAAGCAAAAGUGGAAUGAAGUAUCGACGAAGUUUCAGGAUAUUUUUCAUACUGAGAGUUCCGUUUGCGACGAAUUUAAACAGUUGCAAAUUAAGAAGACAAGUCUCGAAAAUAUAUUAUUGAAGUGUCAAGCUGAUUAUUCACAGAACAUCAAAUCUAUAUGUGAUAUUUUAUGGGACAAGUUCUUAUGGACGGAACAAAAAUUACACGAUACCUAUUUAUGUUCAAUACAUGAGAAAGAGUGUUUGGACAUACUGACAAGUGUGGAAGAAGAUCAAUUUUCUAACGAGAAAAUGAUAAUUGAUAUAGGAUUGGAGAAAUACAAAGCGCUGCAAAUCGACGUAAAGAAGUCUGAAGAGGAAAUAGAAUCUUUCACUGCUUUGGCCACCUUUUACGAUAACAGUUUAAAAUCUGGUGAAAUCAAGAAUCAAGUAGAGAUAGAGAAGAAAUUGCAAAAUCAAAUUAAUCAACUGACAAAGGAAAAGAAAGAUCUCAAAAAUAGAAUGGAUACUAUGCGUUUGAGGAAUGUGAAAUUAGAGAAAAAUAUCGACGAUCUUAGAACAGAGAUAAAGAACCUAAAGUCCACGGAGACAAUGCCAACGGAAAUUAAUUUGACAGUGUCUGAAAGAGCGGAAAUACAAUCUCUGAAAGAAGAGUUUGAACGUUUGAAAGAACAGAAUCAACAGCUACGUGAAGAAAAGGAUGAGUCGAGCAAGAUGGCAAAGCAACAACUUGAAAAUCAGUUCAAAGAGGUUCAUGCUGCAUAUGAACAAAAACUGGAAGAUAUGAAACAAAAAAUGAAAACAGCCUAUAAUGAGGAAAUGACGAAGUUAAACAAAGAUCAAGAAAAGAUUUUAGAAGAAAAGUUGCAGAAACAAACAGAAAAAAUGUGCCGAAAGCAGAGUGAAGAACUUGAUAAAUACAGAGAACACGUUAGCCGAUUAAGUUCGCAACUUUGGAACGUGGGAGAAAACCUUCUAGUCGAGCAACAACAGAAGCAAGAUGCGUUAAAGCGUUUAAGAGAAUUAGAAACCAGAAUCAAAGAAUUCCAAGCGGCCCAACCAAUAGCUACAAUUUCGCGCAAGACUUGCAAAACGGAAAAGCAAGAAAUGUUACCUGAAAACAUACAACAAGCACAUAAAGUAACAACGCUUAUAACUGAAGAAACAUUCGAAAGGAGGCACAGUAUUAGAAGCAUACAAGCAAUGGACAAUGUAUUUAAUACGGAGGACGAAGAAGAAAUUUUUGAUAAUGUUUAUCUAGCCGAUAUGAAACGAGGAAAUUUUGUACCUGUCACAGAUGUCAACCGUUUGUCUGUGUUACAAAUGAGAAACUCUCUUUGCAAGCCCCAUUUGAAAUCGUCUUAUCCAGCAGAAAUGCAAUUCCUUCCUCCAACUUUGACUGAAGAAGAAAUUAAGACGGGCUCCUCAGCGGAAGAUAACUUUAAUGAUAGUCUUAGCCAAAGUCUUCUCCCAGAACAGAAAGUCAGGAAAAAAGAUAGAUCUCAGAUAUCAUAUAAAAAGCCUGGUCCUCCAACACCAAGCAAAAACGGGGGAAGAUUAUCAUUGCAGGGCAAUGAAUUGAGAAGCCCAAGUUCACGUGUAUUGAGGGAGCGAAAUGUGGAUAGAAAAACAACGACUACUCCUCAUUCGCUGAAGAACAUAUUCACGCUAAAACGGCAAGACGAAAACACAACUAGCACGCCAAAACGCAGACUCAGUAAUCUUUUUCGCAAAUCUCGUUUACAAUCGGAUCGAUGAAUAAAUACUACGGUCAUACAACUAUAUAUAAAAAAGUAACAAUAUAUUAGCGCAACAACGAACUAGGAGCUCUACAACUAAACUAUGGAUUAUACUAUAUAAGCAUUGCAGAUGUCAUAUAGAAAUAAGAAUUUAAUGUAAUUUUACUCUAUAACUAUUUUUAUUUUUAUCAUAUCAAACAUCAUUCUUGGAAGAAGAUUGAGAAUUGUUAAUAACUUUGCAAUAAUGUGUAAUAAUGUGUAAAUAAAAUGUGAUAUAUAAAUAAUUAACAUUUUAUAUAG